GUUCGUAAAAACUGAGCGAGGUGAGCAAGAAGGGAGAGAUCUGUUCAUUGACGGACUCCACAGCCGGAUAAUAAGGGCUAAGUUGCGAAAGAAGUUUUCCCCCAUCACCCAUACGCUACAACAAAUUAUGGCUGCUGCGGAAGAAAUGGAACGGAAGUUCGCGGCGAACUUCUUGGAAGGAGAAGACUACCCUAGGGACGGAGAUUUGACCGAGCUCGCUCGAGCCAGAGCAGAGCUGGCUGCUUUACAGAACAAAUUUGAAAACAUGGGGUUCGUAUCAGGACAUGUCACCUAUAUGGAACAGAUAGGCCCCAAACGAGUAAUCCUAAGUAAGACUCCGAGCAUCUCUGCUCCUAUGUUGCCCCCCCCCGUCAGGGCAUUACCCCCGCCGCCGGUUGAGGCUCCUGUACGGUCAAACGAAUCGGUGGCCAUUUUCGAACUAACCAAAACCUUGAUUAGUUUGAUCCAAGAAAGCAAAAAGGAGCAGCGAGAGCACAAUGCUCGGCUGGAAGCCAUGAUGAGGAACAUGCGACCUAUUGCGGUACGCGCCCCUCCGAUGCCGCAAGGAUUAGCCCCGGCCCCUGCGCUCGGGGGAGUUGCGAACAAUAUGAAUGUAUGUUAUGCCUGUCAUCAGCCUAGACAUCUAGCCCGUGAUUGCCCUCACCGACCCCCACAACAGCGGACCGGAGCCGCACCCAUGGUCGCGGCUCCCAUCGCCAACGGAUCUGGACGAGUCGGAGCCUUGAUGGAAGAAGUAGAGGGUGGGGGAAGUGCCCUGACUACCUCGGAAGAGGCCGCCGAACUAAUCGCGCUAGAUCAGUACGUAUCGCUGGGAUAUCCUGGGCUUGGAAUGAUCGGAACAAUCAGACCAGCGCCAGAACCAAAAGAGGUGGCGGACUGGCGACCGUCCCUAGGAGAAAUGGAGUCGGGAGGACCCACUUUCGUCACAGGGGAGAUCGAUGUAUUGAACAUCAUCCGAACUUUGGACCAUCGGAUUCCCGUUCCGAUUGGUCAUCUGCUCUCGAUCUCCGAGCAAGCCAACGAGCGAAUGUUACAGCAUUGCAAAGCGAACCCAAAGCGAUUCGCCCUUGCCCGAACCCCGAACGCGAAAGCCAAAAGCCCCGCGCCCGAAGAAAACCCCGCAAGUACUCCGGAUCCGAUACGGCGAGCGAUGAACAUGACAUUCCAGAACUUCGUCAACAAGACACGGCUGACGCAAGGAAUGAUUAACUUCUGCGUGAUCGUGUACAUGGACGACAUCUUGGUCUAUUCGGAAACCUAUCACGGGCACGCGCAACACAUCGAAUGGACAUUGGGUGCAUUGAGAGACGCUGGGUUCAAGAUUGCGCUUGAGAAGAGCGAAUUUUUCCUCUCGAAAAUUUCGUUCUUGGGCUAUGUCGUGACACGUGGAGGAUUGCGGCCAGAUUCGAGAAAAGUUGCGGCGGUGAAGGAAGCUCCGGUUCCUACGUCACUGACGCAGGUUCGAGCCUUCUUGGGACUGGUGUCGUAUUACCGGCGCUUCAUCAAGGGCUUUGCCGCGAUUGCACGACCACUAACGAACCUGUUACGAAAGGACCAGCCUCUCAGCUGGGACGCGGAGUGCCAACAGGCCUUUGCAACCCUCAAGGACGCUCUGGCAACGACCCCUAUUUUGAUUCGACCGGACCCCUCGAAGCAGUUCAUUCUCAUCACGGACUGGCAACCGGACGCUAUUUCCGCUAUUCUAGCGCAGAAGGGGAACAAUGGUCGCGAACAUGUCAUCGAGUACGCGUCACGAACCGUGCCGGACGAACGAAGGAACGACUCAGCGCCUCAAGGCGAAUGCUAUGCGGUGGUCUGGGGAAUCCAGCACUUCCAUCCGUAUCUCUACGGACAUAAGUUUCGCCUCGUGAUGGAUCACGAGCCUCUACUAGCUUUGAAGAAGCUCACCAACUACACGGGCACGAUUGGCCGUUGGGCGGUGCGACUACAAGAAUACGACUUCGAUAUCGUCCAUCGAAAGACAGAGCGACAUGGCAACGCGGACAGGCUGACACGUCUGCAUCGACCUGCCAAGGUACCAAAGGGCGAGGAAAUUACACCGUGGAAAGAGCCGGACUUGACCAACGAGCCGAAGUACGGACAAGUGGCAGUUCUCCCACGAGAGGAGGCCGAAGAGGAAUCGGAAGGAGAAUUUAGGAGAGAGGCCGGGGAAGCAGCGGCCCGAUUGGCCGAGGUUGAGGAAGAAGAGAGCGAAGCAGAAGAAGGGUCGGCGGAAGCUAAAGAAGAAGAAGAAGAAGAAGCAGAGGAGGAGACUUCGGAGGAAGAGGAAGAGGCCUAUAACGAGUACAGCGAGGGCAAGCAAAGUGAGGAGGAGGACGAAGGCGACGAAGAAGUGGAAAGCGGGGACGACCAGGAGCCAACGCACGACAAGCUCGAGUGGGUGCAAGGACCGGAUCGACGAGAGGAGAACCUGGAGGCUGCUGCGCAGCGCAAGAAAGAGAUCGAGGAAGGAAAGUGGCUGGCGAUCGAUCCCGCACCGAACGAUCCUUUCAAGGAUCCCGAGCCGCCCAAGCCGGAACAUGGAGACCUUGCUGCCACGACCUCGGGAGCUGCGACGACAAGGCACCGAUCCCGAUCCCGAUCCACGUCCCCCUCCGCCUCCGGCCGUCCCCCAAUUCGUCAACGUGUGUGCAUAUUGGGGAGGUUGCCUUCACGUAUUCGCAGGAAACGAGGGGUGAGGAAGAGCGUGGCCAUGGACGGGCAGCGGCCAAAUCUUGCCACGUUGUCGGACACUUAUCCCAGCCACCGGCCUGCGAUCUGCACCGGUGUAGACAAAAGGGCGGCAGGUCCGUCGACGUACGAAGGACUCCCGCCUCACAUGCAGCCUCUGCCCGAUUCGGACGAGGGGGAGGCGGACGUGGACGUGUCGAACACAGUUCCGCUGGGUAGCGGGUCGACCCAGGAAUGGACGGGUAGCCAGUUGUUUGAUGGGCGCGGAGCGAAGUACAGGCAGUCGUUCACUUCCCUCCUCCACGAAGGUGCCCAGGAAGAGGAACGCCUCCCCCCUGUGGAUCUCACAUUUGGCCUGCGGAGCGGGAGCCCAUCUUCUGCCACGCGCACUGUGCUCAUGAACCCUCAUCCCGACGACGACGCGGGGCAGGUGACAUUGGUCGGCAGGGGCACAAGGGGUGGUUCUACGCGUCAGGAGACUUCCGAGAAGACGAGGGAGCGGCCUCGAGUGCAGGCGACUUCUGGCCCGUCAAUUCCACGCACCACCGCUGGUCGCCCUGAGUGGAUGAACCCCCCUCCUGCGUUCUCCAGGGGCCGCGACAGCGUUCCUCGUCCAGUUGAACGGGGUGUGAGUGCCGAAGACUUCCCUUUCGAGGGCGCGCGUGGAGAUGGCAGGCGGGUAUGGAAGGAGUCGAGGCAGGUGUUGCGGCGGCAGCAAGAAGAGUCCAUAACGCAAGGUGUGCAGCGAUUACGCGUGGGCGAGCGGGCCGGGCAAGCAGACGCGGUUGGCGGGGGGGGCGACGUCUGGACAGACGGUGACGAAGUUGAGUGCGACGCUGAGGAGGACGACAGCGGCGACGUGUUCCCGUUGCGUGCGUCGAACAUGGGUGGCAGGGGCAGCAGAGGCAGGGCUUCGACGAAUGCAGGGCGGAGGCGGAAGAGGCCGUCGGCGGCCUCUGGUGAUGCGGAAGGUGAGGGGGAUGGGGAGGGUGGCCGGAAUUACUGGUCUGUGGAUCACAUGGUGGCCCUCAUAAGGGCGAAGCGGGAUCAGGACGCCCAGCUGCAAGCGGCGGGGCACGCAUUCGCUCGGAUGCGGUCGAGGGAGUGGAAAUGGUUGGACGUCCGAGAGAGGUUGCUCAAGGUCGGUGUUGACAGGCCGGCAGACAAAUGCGGGAAGAAAUGGGAUAAUCUCAUGCAACAGUUCAAAAAGAUCCACACUUUCAUGGGCAUGUCGGGGAAGGAGGACUUCUUCCAGUUGACGAGUCAGCAGAGGGCAGAGAAAGGAUUCAGCUUCAACAUGGAUCGGACCGUCUAUGAGGAGAUCAAAGGGGCGAAGGAGAGGAGCCACACUAUCAGCCCGAGCAAUGUUGCAGACACCGGUGGCGCAGGAGGUGUGCAACUCCCAUCUGCUCAGUCGGCGACUCCGGAGUCUGUGGGUGGUGGGGAUGCCGCUAGAGAUGGCAACGACGAAGACGACAGCUCAGCGCGUGGGGCCUCACAGACGACUGGAAGUCCGGCCGGUUUCGGGAAGAGGAAAAACGUGCGGCAGCAGACAUUCGAGGCCUUAAGCGAGUGCAUGGAGAAGCAUGGGGCGUUGAUGGCGUCGACGAUGGAGAGUGCGAGCAUGAGGCAAUGCGAGGCGAUGGAGAGCGCGAGCAAUAGGCAAUGCUCCAUUCAAAUUUGGCAGUGUGAGGCUAUCGAAGCGGAGGUGGAGGUCCAGAAGCAACACUGCGCUGCGUCCAAUGAAGUUAGCAAGCUUAUGUGUCAGGCGCUGAUGGAAAUAGCGAAGGCUAUACGAGAGCGGCGGUGGGCAGACGACAUCUUCGCGUUCGGCUCCUCGUCGCGCACUGCCUUUGUCGCCGCCAUCGCGCAGUCCCAAUGUCAUCUUCACACCACGACAACGUUCCUUUUCGCGCAGUGUGUGUCCCGCCGCCAUCUCUCGCGCCAGACGUCAUCUUCACGUUGGGACUCCUGUUCGCGCACUGUUCGUCUCGCCGCCAUCUAUCUCGACAGACGUCAUCUUCACGUUGGGGCUCCUGUUCGCGCACUGUUCGUCUCGCCGCCAUCUAUCUCGCCAGACGUCAUCUUCACGUUGGGGCUCCUGUUCGCGCACUGUUCGUCUCGCCGCCAUCUAUCUCGCCAGACGUCAUAUCCACGUUGGGACUCUUGUUCGCGCACUGUGUGUGUCGCCGCCAUCUAUCUCGCCAGACGUCAUCUCCACGUUGGGACUUCUGUUCGCGCAGUGUGUGUCUCGCCGCCAUCUCUCUCGCCAGACGCCGUUUUCGCCAGACGUCGUAAACUGUCUUCGACUUCACCUGCGCAGGCUUUCCCUCGCCGCCAUCGUUCUCGCCCUUCCUUCUUCUCGUCAUCGCAGUCUGUCUUCUCCACGAUGACGAAUACUCGCAACUCUGGCAAGGGGAAAAGGGAGAGGGACUCCCAGAAAACGGAAGCUGCUGGCGUCGUGAAGCGGGGGAGGCAUCAGGCGAAGAAGCUCAAGGCAUCAAGCGGCGGUGCUCUGGUGAUCAGGAGGUCCGCGCGGGAAGAGUGGGUUGAAGAGGCCAGCAGCGGACAGGACGACGAUUUCGAAUCGGAGGCGGACACGUUUCAUGGGAGGAAAGGGACCUUGCGUGACGUGUCGAACGCGAGAAUGGUGAGCGGAGAGGAAGACGUCGACGGUGGUAAAGAUGGGGGUCACGGGGUUGCGCGAGGCAAGGAUGAGGCGGCCGGCGAAGUGGGAGGCGGUGUUGCUACCAGGGAGGAGCGUGGCCAGCCAACGACGCCUGCCAUGCGCGGCGCCGUGCCGUCGAAGGACGUGCAGGCCGCCCAGGACGUAGGUAAACACCCGCCAAUGCGGGCGCCUUCAAACCCAGCAACGCCCACGGCGGGACAGGCGAGAAGGGAUGAAGGGGCAGGGGUGAAUGCGGCAGUCAGGGGACAGCUUGUGACGCGCAUUCCCGCAAAGGAAGCCGCAGCGGUGGGAGCCGUCGUUGGUACAUCGACGGCAGGCGCGAGGGGGGGCGGUGGCGACGGUCGUGAUGAUGCUGAUGACGACGAUCCCCUCAUUAACAGGCAGAGGCGAUCCGGAAACAUGGCGGCUCUGGAGGCGAAAGCGAAACUGUGGGUAGACGAUCUGCGUUUCUGGAACGAGACGGAGGGGCAUGGGAUGUUCAAGAUCAUCCAGGAGACGCGCCUGCACCUCAUCGCCAUCGCGAAGGGUGUGAAACCGCCGGAGAUCAGGAAAAGCGUUGUCCUCCCGAACGCCACGAUCCCUCAGCAGAAGCUGGAAGACUCAUCGGAGUUGGGGGCCGCGAAGGAGAGGGCUUCGAGGGUGCAGACCAUAGCGUUGCGCAUCAUCCAUGGGUGGAUCUUCAAGUCCCCCAAUCGCGCGCGCGGGUACCACUGCUCGUACGGCUAUGUGCUGAACCACGUCGCCACAGACCUCGCCCGCGCCAUCUGGUUUGGAGAGGACUGGCGGGUAUGUGUGAGUCCGGCGGUCGUCUAUAACACCUUGGAGCUUCAUAUGAAGCUCCCCAUCUGGUACGUAGGUGGCGUCAUACACGACAGGCACGAGGAUGACGAAAUGGCGUCGUAUCAAGAGUCCACAACGCAACGUCUGGUGGGAGCUUUCACGAAUGCUGUUGACACGGGGGAGGGGGUAGACGGCGGGCGGAUAUCGUACGAGAGGCUGAGGAACGUAGCAGACUGCAUGCGCCUUUUGCUGUCUGCCGCCAUGUGGAUCAUGCGGAUGGCGGGAGAUAAUCUCCGUUCGCAUUAUGAGGCGUCCCAUCUCGUGGAGCUCAUUGCGAAACCGACGCUCAUUGCAUCAUUGCAUCGCUCGUUCGACGCGCGCCGCCAUGUUCUGCAGUGUGUCAAUGCAGUAACGGAGAAAAUGGGGAAGCCCCCCAUGACGUUGGUCGACCCUCCGGUGUACAUCCCCGACUGGAAAAUGGGUAAGCCGCCCGCCGCUGCUGCUGAUGACGACGAUGAUGUCGACGACGAGGACGUUCAUGAUGAUGAUGAUGACCGUGACGACGAUGAUGACGGUGACGACAACGAUGAUGAUGUAGACGACGUUGAUGAUGAUGCUGACGAUCGUGAUGAUGACGGUGACGAUGAUGACGGUGACGAUGAUGAUGGUGAUGAUGAUGAUAGUGAUGAUGAUGAUGGUGAUGAUGACAAUGAUGAUGAUGAUGAUGAUGACGAUGUUCACGAUUAAAGAGGAUGAUGAUGACGACGAUGAUGAUGACGACGAUGGUGGCGACGACGACGAUGUCAUCGACGAUGUUGGGGACAGGAGUUGGCAUGGCGUGUGAAUAGCGGUUGCGCGAGUUUCGUAGACUGUCUUCUACUUCCUUUGCGUCGAGUCGUUUCCUGUUGUCAAAGCGGUUGCCGAGUAUGGGUGAGAGCUCGGUUUCAUCUAGCUGACAGCAAAGUGUAGUCGACAUGCACGUCUUUUCAUUCAAGGGGCCACUCAUCGUCGAAUGUGUGGUGUCAUUAAUGUCCAUCAUGUCUAUGCGCAUCAUUGAUGUUAAUUUGAUAUCGUGUGCUAUGUCGAACAUUCGUUUUAUAUCGCAGACGUGUUUUCUUAUGUUUGUUCUUUUGGAUUGCAAAGCUUCCAUGUAAAGUUGUGGGUGAUAAGGUGAAUGAAUUCUGCGUGAGAGA